GCGGGCGGGGCGGUGGCCCCCGCACACCCCUCUCCGGGGCGGGUCGCGGCCCCUUCCCCGGCGCGGGGCUGCGGUCCCUGAGCGCGCCUGUCCGGUCUCUGCGAGCGGCGCAGGGGCGGAGAGGGGAGCGCGCGGGGAAGCGGCGGCGGCGGGGGCCAACCGGGACCUCGUGAGUGGGAGGAGCGCGGGAAGCGGCCCCCAGGCCUGGGCCUACGCCGGGCUGUGUCCGCCUCCCAGCGGCCGGAGCACGCUAGUGGUGGGCGCGGCGCGACGCGGCGCGGCCCGCAGGAGGACCGGGCAUUUAAAGGAGCAGCUCACAUGGGUUUGGGAGGCUCGGGCACGGCGUCCUUCCCGCGCUGGGGCCGCCUUGGCUCCCGGGCCGGUGGGCCUUCGAGGCAGGGGGUAGGCGAGGGUCUGACCGCCACGGUGGGGAAUCGCCCGCAGGUCGGGCCUGGAGCCGGCAAUUUCGCUAUCAGCGGUGCUUGGCCGUUUUAAAGCCGUGAGGAGACUCCCAGAAUCAAGCUUUUGAAGCUGGAGGAAACAGAAACAGGCCAGUACCCACCCUACAUUUUAUCGAUGAAGAAACUCGGCCCACAGAGCUAACGUGGCUGUCCAGGGCCAGUCAGGUAGGAUAGAGUAGAGCCAGGCUCAGAACCCGCUAAGCUAAGGGUUCGCCGUCUGGCCCGGGGGUCUGCUGUCCAGCCCUGGCAGCAGACCUCAGCCCUUUGGUAGCUGGAUGAAAUGCUCCUGUCUGCUGAAUUAAUGAGUAUUUCCUUUUUAAGGAUGAACUGUGGGUUCGUGGACUAACUGCGUCCCCAUUUACAGAUGGAGAACCUGAGAGGCAUCCCCUCCAGAGCCAGCUUAACUCACAGUCGUCAGCCUGGGCUUUCCAGCCCGUCCUGACAGUAACUUGAUCAGGACCGACCCUGGCUUCUGGUAUGGAUGCCCUUGAUGUCCAUUUUGUAGACACCUGAGCCUCCAGUGUUUCAGCAGUAAUUAAAGACACGGGAUAAGCUGCUUCAGGUGUGGGAGCCUCGGGUGCCCCUGGCCGUGAAGGCGGCUGUGUGGGAGCAGGGAGGUGUGUCAGCAGCUGUGUCUUCUGAGCCUGGCUGGUGAAGGGGCAGGGGUCCUGGCACCAGCUCAGAGCUGCAACCUCAGCCACCCAUUGGGCAGACAGUUGGUGGUGCCGGAGGCGUGUGAGACCUAGUUUUUCCACCUUCCCGUCAGUGGUGGGCAUCGCCUGGGGACUCCCUGGGCCUGGGAACCGCCUUCUCCCCCUGCAGAUCUCCUGGCGGGAAGAGCUGCUCCCCCUCUGCUGCCUCAGUGGCUCUCUGACCAGAUGGGGUUUCAGGAGGAGGACUGUUCCUUCUUUCACUCCCAGAUGCAGCGAGCAGGCACUUCCCAAGGCAGGGCCAUGCUCACGUUCAUGGCCUCUGACAGUGAGGAAGAAGUGUGUGACGAGAGGACGUCCCUGAUGUCAGCUGAGAGCCCACCGCCGCGCUGCUGCCAGGAGGCCCGGCAGGGCCUGGAGGAUGGAGAGAAUGCUGCCCAGUGGAGAAGCCAGGAUAGUGAGGAGGACCUCGAAGAGGACGCGGACCACUACGUGUGCAGUGGGGUCCCUGGGCAGCCGUCGGGCCUGGAAGAGGAGCUGACCCUCAAAUACGGGGCGAAGCAUGUGAUCAUGCUGUUUGUGCCUGUCACGCUGUGCAUGAUUGUGGUGGUGGCCACCAUCAAGUCUGUGCGCUUCUACACGGAGAAGAAUGGCCAGCUGCCCUAUGGAGCAGGCAGGGAGCAGAGUCUGCAGCCCGCCAUCUCCCUCAGCAUCUACACACCAUUCACUGAGGACACGCCCUCCGUGGGCCAGCGCCUGCUCAACUCUGUGCUCAACACCCUCAUCAUGAUCAGCGUCAUCGUGGCCAUGACCAUCUUCCUGGUCGUGCUCUACAAGUACCGCUGCUACAAGUUCAUCCACGGCUGGUUGAUCAUGUCCUCCCUGAUGCUGCUAUUUCUCUUCACCUAUAUCUACCUCGGGGAAGUGCUCAAGACCUAUAAUGUGGCCAUGGACUACCCCACCCUGUUCCUGACCGUCUGGAACUUCGGGGCAGUGGGCAUGGUGUGCAUCCAUUGGAAAGGCCCCUUGGUGCUGCAGCAGGCCUACCUCAUCAUGAUCAGUGCUCUCAUGGCCUUGGUAUUCAUCAAGUACCUCCCGGAGUGGUCCGCGUGGGUCAUUCUGGGUGCCAUCUCUGUCUACGAUCUCGUGGCUGUGCUGUGCCCCAAAGGGCCACUGAGGAUGCUGGUGGAGACUGCCCAGGAGAGAAACGAGCCCAUAUUUCCUGCCCUGAUAUACUCCUCUGCCAUGGUGUGGACGGUGGGCAUGGCCAAGCUGGACCCCUCCUCCCAGGGAGCCCUUCAGCUGCCCUAUGACCCCGAGAUGGAAGAAGACUCCUAUGACAGUUUUGGGGAGCCCUCAUACCCAGAAGUCUUUGAGCCCCCCCUGCCUGGUUCCCCAGGCGGGGAGCUGGAGGAAGAGGAGGAAAGGGGUGUGAAGCUUGGCCUGGGGGACUUCAUCUUCUACAGUGUGCUGGUGGGCAAGGCGGCAGCCACCGGCAGCGGGGACUGGAACACCACUCUGGCAUGCUUCGUGGCCAUCCUCAUUGGUUUGUGUCUGACCCUCCUGCUGCUUGCUGUGUUCAAGAAGGCGCUGCCCGCUCUCCCCAUCUCCAUCACGUUUGGGCUCAUCUUCUACUUCUCCACGGACAACCUGGUGCGUCCAUUCAUGGACACCUUGGCCUCUCAUCAGCUCUACAUCUGAUGGGGGUCGGGCAUGGGGCUGGCAGCCGUGGGAAGUCGUCAUGGGUGCCCUCGUAUAGUUCUACGCUCUAGUGCCAUAUAUUUUUAAGACAUUUCUUUCCUUAAAAAAAAAAGUGUCCUGUUUACUUGGCGAAGAGGAAGGACCAGCUUUUUGGUGCCAGUGGUUUUGUCACCUGACCACGGCUCACUGGCCAGAAGCGCCGGUGUUCAGUCUGGAGGAGCCCGGGACGGCUAUGCCACGUGGGGAGGACGUGGAGAAGUCGCCCAGCCCCACACCGCAGCCUGGGAUGCUCCGAGGGCCAAGGCGAAGGAAGGGACCAGGAGUUCAUGCUCGGGAUGGCACCUAGCACCUGCCCACUCCUGCGAGAGAAGAAAGCUGGUUUGCCCUGCGUGGAAUGUCCCCAACGCUUUGUCUAUGAUGUCAUCGUUAUUUUACUACCUUUAGAAAUUGAGUCCUAUUCUUGUUAGGUAGUUACUGUUGGGAAGUGGCUUAAUAUCAAUAAAUAGAUGAAUCCUCUUGGAA